AAUCUGGAAGACAGCACUGAUAACUUCUGGCACCUAGCUACCCUUUUCUCAUCCUGCCCAAUUUUGCUGUCUCCACAGGAUUAGGGAACCAGAGCCUUAGGUUAAAGAAGUGACAGGUGAGGGACUACAGAUAUCACAGAAACCUCACGGUGCCCUGGGCAGAACCAGGUAUAGUACCAUAGCCUCUGGUCUCUAAAGAAUUGAACUUGGGCAUCAGGAAGCCUCAGCUCUCUGUUGUCUGCUCUGUAGAAGCUGAGACAGCAGCAGCCUGAAGCUCAAAAGGAAAUAGAUCCCCUAUCAGCAGUGUCAGUGAGCUCUGAGAACAGGAGCGAUUGUUUCAACCCUAUAGUGUGAAUUCUUAUCACUGUGCUUUUCACAGUGCACUAAAUUACUUCUGUCUCACCAACCGGACUGUGAUUUCUCCAGCAAAGGGCUACCUGUCACUUGUUACUUCUCCCUUAAUCACGAUGUUAGGAGCUUAAUACUCUUGCAAUAAUUAAAGGAAUGGAUAUUGUUUAGGAAGGCCUGCGUCUGAACUGUGGAUGGUCACUUGGAAGUUAUAUAAGCCUGUUUCCCGGUCUACCUUGGCUAGUGCACAGAUCAAGCAGCUUGUGGCUAGCACAGGGCAAACAAUGGCCAGGAGUGUGGGAGCAUCAGGUCCCACAUCUCCAUCCUGUUUCUACUGGGAUCCCUAGGGUAUUAUAGUUGCCAUGGUGCACAGAUGGAGAAAGCAAGGAAGAGUAGUGUGAAUCAGGGCCACCACAUAGUCCUUGUCCUCUAGGAACCUGUGUCAACUCAUGGCAGUAGGGGUUGGAGUUCAACUCCUAUCUGCUUUCUCCAUGUUGUCAGCAUUCCUACUCAGUUUGCCUCUGCAGUUUAGCUCAGGACCCUGGAACUCUCCCUUGAGGUUUUCCUCCUCCCUAGCUCUUGGUACCUGCCUGGCUGUCAUAGCAACAGGUUCCAGGGUGACAAAAGAGGAAGCUGAGUCUUAUGGGUAAGGCUUUUUGGACCACAGAGACUGCCCGGGCUGCAUCUAUCCAAGCUUUCUGUGUUCUUCCUCUGCCUGAGCUUACUCUUCCACCCCGGCCAACAGGACCAUGUCCACCAGCCUGACCACUUGUGAGUGGAAGAAGGUCUUCUAUGAGAAGAUGGAGGUGGCAAAGCCAGCGGAUAGCUGGGAGCUCAUCAUAGACCCCAAUCUCAAACCCAAUGAGCUGGGCCCUGGCUGGAAGCAGUACCUGGAACAGCAUGCCUCAGGCAGGUUCCACUGUUCUUGGUGCUGGCACACCUGGCAGUCUGCCAAUGUGGUCAUCCUCUUCCACAUGCACCUGGACCGUGCCCAGCGUGUUGGCUCAGUGCGCAUGCGUGUGUUCAAGCAGCUGUGCUACCAGUGCGGCACCUCACGGCUGGACGAGUCCAGCAUGCUGGAGGAGAACAUCGAGGGCCUGGUGGACAACCUCAUCACCAGUCUGCGCGAGCAGUGCUACGACGAGGAUGGGGGCCAGUAUCGCAUCCACGUGGCCAGCCGGCCCGACACCGGAUUGCACCGCAGCGAGUUCUGCGAGGCUUGCCAGGAAGGCAUCGUGCACUGGAAGCCCAGCGAGAAGCUGCUGGAGGAGGACGCCGCCUUCACCGAUGACUCCAAGAGGAAGGGCCAAGCUGGUUUUAUCUCCGACUUCUUCUCAUUUCGCUGGUGCCUUUUCUGGGGUGCCCUCUGCCUGGUCAUUGUCUACCUGCAGUUCUUCCGAGGCCGCUCGGGAUUCCUUUAAUGGGGUUGGUUAGGGGUGGGGAGAGGGACACAUGGAAUUGAUAGUGGGAAGGAUUGGGUCUCCUCCUGAGUCUGCUACAGGUUCAAUCUAUGACUCUGGUCAUCUGCAUACUGCUCACUAGUUCGCACUAGGAGAAACAGUGGUCCUUCCACUAAUUCGAUAGCAACGGAGGGAGUUGGAAGGAAUGGGGAUUUUGGAAGCUUGCUAGAGGUUAGUGUGAGUCAAAAAUCUGCAGCUGCCACCUCCAGCCUUUUACUUUACGUUCCUGAUCUUAGGUCUCAUCUUGUCACUGUCACAUCCUCAUGCUCACUUUCAGCUUCCUCUAAUUGUCCUGCGUGGGUGGUUCCCCUUGUAGGGAGCAGCACCGCCUCCUACCUUCCGUCGAAUAUGCAGGGACAGCCACCCGGUCCUGCUCCUACCAUUCUGAAAUGCUGAUGAUUUCCCUCGGGCUGGGAUGAGGGUAGAGGUGGGGGUGGUGGAAGUAGGGGUGGGUUGGGGGGUUGGAAUGGUCAAGGGCACAUCAUUGUCCAAUGGGUUCGCUAUUGAUCAUAUGUGGAUGUUCCAAUUUAGAUUAAUUAAAAUGAAAUAAAAAUCGUUCCUUAGUAGUUCCAAACUCAGUUGAGCUUAUACAGAAUUUGUCCCCAUGGGGGCCAUUGCUCAAUGGCAGAUGAGGGUGACUUCUAGGAAGAUGAACACCAAGGGUUUGGGCAUCAAGUGGUCCCCAGAGGACUUCCACUCUCUGCUUUGUCUACCCUGGGAACCCCUAGGCAACACGGAGCAACAGGACAGGAAAAAGCAGGCGCCAGCCUGCAUGCCUUGCUAAAAUCUGGUUUUGUGUCUAGAAAUAGUUUGCCAAAGUUCUGUCAAGAAAAUAGGUCAUGUCUCAGAUGGUCACUAAAGAUGGGGUGCCUGACCACCACCUCAGAGGGAGGAAGUGCUGCCGAGAAUGGAUGCAAGGGCAAGGGAGAUAGAACAGGUGAAGAGAAACAAGGUCGGGGACAUUUCCGGAAGCUCGUUUUCUUCAGUAAACAAUGACUUCUGCAUUUUCAUGUUAAAUUGGGUGACUAGUCCCUGACUCUCCCCGCCCCCCACGCCCUGCCCCGCCCCCCACGCCCCAGCUGCAAAGAUUUCAUCUCCUCAGAACCAGAGAAUAGGUUCUAUUUGUUUCCAAGACUUGUUUCCUUUUUAGUUUAUGGGAAUCUCAUUUCUCCGUCCCUAAAGCCAGAGGUCCAUACUUAACUACCAAACAAUGGCUGCUUUUCUGCAUGUGUGUACCUUAUGUGUCUGCCACAUUUUAUAGUCCUCUCUUUCUGUAAUUGUUCUGUUAAUUGAAAAAGUGGCUGUCACUAUAAUAAUCCUCUUCUAUGUAUUCUGAUCACUUUCAUAUAUUUAUCACCUUUUUUUUUUUGCCCCUCAAACAACUGGUCCUCUCUUCCCCAAAUGAUCCCUUUCCUGCUUUUGUAUCUGGGUUUAAAAAUUACCAUUUUACACAUGAAGGAAAGCAUGUGAUAUUUUGUUGUUUUUUUUUUUACUGGAUCUCCAGUCCCACCCAUUUCCCAGUAGGUGGCAUUUCAUUUUUCUUUAUAACUGAAUAUAUUCCACUGUAUGCACACCACAUUUAUUUUUCUUCCAUUGAUCUGUUAAUGGGCACGUGAUCUGAGCUUCAUAACUUGGCUAUUGUGAGUAGUGUCAUAAUAAUAAAUUCGGAUUUGUAGGUA